AGGAAUCUAAGAUCCCCAUCCUGCUCUCCGAGACUAUGGUAGAGAUGAUAGAUUUGAUGAUAAGUUUGAGAAAUAUUUGUGGGGUGAAGCCCGAGAACAAGUUCCUAUUCGCGGUACCCGGCACUCCCAACUCGUAUUAUCGAUGCUCCGAUGUAAUAAGGGAAAUGAGAAAUAGAGCUGGGACAAAAUACCCGGAAAGAGUCACAACAACCUCCAUGCGUAAAGAAGCAGCCACUCUCGCAGCUGCCUGUGGCUUAACGAGAGAACAAGUAGAAGAGCUGGCUAGUUUCUUGGGGCACAGUGUUGCUACCCAUAAGCAACACUACCGUCUGCCCCAAGAAACGAUUCAAAAGGCGAGGGUAGCGAAAUUUCUUCUUAAUAUACAGCAAAAAUCUAGUACGGCAGUUGAAGAUCAAAUGACAGAUGGAAUGAUCAAUGAUGAAGUGCCAGAAGGGUGGAUAAAUGAUGCUGAUCGAGAAGAGAUGAGUGAGAUGGAUACCAAUCCUCCCCCAAAGAAGAGAGUGAAAGUUGAAAAAAAACCAUUGGGAAACUGAAGAGCGAGAAGCUGUUUUUAAAGAAUUGGGAGAAUAUAUUCUGGUUGGGAAUUUGCCUGGGAAGGCACAGAUUGAAGAAUGUAUUGCAAAACAUAAAGAAGCUUUAAAAAAUAGGAAUUGGAAAAACAUAAAAGAUUACGCUAGGAAUUAUAUAAGAGCGAAAAAUGUGAAUUUAAUUUGAUCUGAUUGAUCUUCAGCCAAGAAUUUCCUCUUCAAACUCAUUCAUAGACCAUAUGAAUCCUUACGUUUUUUAAAAGACUAGUGUUAAUCUAUAAUUAUUUUAAUAAUUCAUAAGAAUUGGUAUAUAGCAUUUUUGAAGGGCUACUUGAUAUCCAAGUGUGUUCAAAAUCAAAAUUGUGCUAUUGUGGACAAUUUCAUAACUUCUUGUGACUAAUAUAUAAUGUUUUAUACUCCGUUAAUAGUUUUCCACGUCUAAUAUUAGAAAAUAUAUCAGUAUAGAACUGUAUAGUUCAUAAAAAUUCAUUUUGUAAAUUUUAACAAUCUGUACUCUCUGUGGUAUCUCGAUGUAUUUUUUAUGUGUAUUCCAAGUGAUAAAUUUAUCCAGUGAACCGUAAUGAACAACCAUAUAUUAUAUCAUUUUCCUAACUGGUCAUAUCUAUGAAGAUAUUUAUCAAUUAUGUUCAAACAAGAAAUACAUUUUAAUUUUGUUUCCCUGCAUCAGUGGAUUCUGUUCUUUGCU